UUAGUCUUUGAUUUUCUCUAAAUGAGUACGGACUAAUUAUAGUACGCAUAUAACAUUUGCUUUGAGCUACGAAUUUUUACUGAUUUUAAUGUCGUUAUUUUAAUCGGAAAUUGUGGAAAAAUGAAUUUCGUAAAGUUUUGCAUUCUGUUAUUGAUUUGUGAAUUAUGUGCUGCUAGCAAGUAUGAUCGACGUAAAAAUCGUAGAAAGAAAUAUAUGUCAAGUCAGCGGGAUCGUUAUCUCUAUUCGAAUAUCGCCAAAUGUGGCUAUGAGGGAUGUCCCAAGCCACAACCUAACAUGAUAAAUGUGCACCUUGUACCACAUACGCACGAUGAUGUGGGAUGGUUAAAAACCGUGGACCAAUACUAUUACGGAAGUAAAACCACAAUACAAAAAGCUGGUGUACAGUACAUUCUCGAUUCGGUCGUUCAACAGUUGAUUUCGGACCCGGAAAAAAGGUUCAUUUAUGUUGAAUCUGCAUUCUUCUUUAAAUGGUGGCACGAGCAAACAGAUGCAAUGAAGAGUCAAGUGAAUCAGUUAGUUCAGGAGGGUCGCUUGGAAUUUAUUGGCGGAGCAUGGAGCAUGAACGACGAAGCAACGACACAUUAUCAAAGUAUUAUCGAUCAGUUUACGUGGGGUUUAAGAAAGUUAAACGACACAUUCGGUGAGUGCGGCCGACCAAAAAUUGGCUGGCAAAUCGAUCCGUUCGGUCAUAGUCGCGAGAUGGCCUCCAUUUUCGCUCAAAUGGGCUACGAUGGAUUAUUCUUCGGUCGUUUGGAUCACGAAGAUAAACGAAACCGCUUGGUAACGCGAAAACCUGAAUUUGUUUGGCAUGGAAGUGCCAACUUAGGAGAGAAUGCCGAUCUGUUCACCGGAGUAUUAUUCAAUAACUAUGGACCGCCACCUGGAUUUUGUUUCGAUGUCUUGUGUGCGGAUGAACCAAUUAUCGAUGACAAAUGGAGUCCAGACAACAACGUGAAUAGACGGGUUGACGACUUCAUGUCUUAUGUAAAUGAAAUGACAAAAGGCUAUCGCACAAACAAUGUUCUGAUUACAAUGGGAGAAGAUUUCAAUUAUCAAGACGCUCGAAUGUGGUACAAAAACCUUGACAAAUUGAUAUUAUACUCAAAUGAACGACAGAAGAACGGUUCAAAUUUCAACCUAUUUUAUUCAACACCAUCGUGCUACCUCAAGUCACUUCACGAAGCGAACAUAACAUGGUCAACGAAAAGCGACGACUUCUUUCCGUAUUCGUCUGACCCACACGCUUUUUGGACCGGAUACUUUACAUCUCGCCCGGCAAUAAAACGUUUCGAACGGGUGGGAAAUCACUUUUUGCAGAUCUGCAAACAACUCACCGCCUUAACGCCAGCUACGAACGCAGGUUUUGAACCGCAUUUAAGACUACUCCGUGAAGCGAUGGGUGUGAUGCAGCACCACGAUGCGGUUACUGGAACUGAAAAGCAGCAUGUUGCCGAAGAUUAUGCUCGCUUAUUAAAUCAAGCCAUGGAAGCAUGUAGUGCCAACACUCGUGACGUACUGAAUCAAAUAACAACUGGUAAAAAUCCAGUGAGGAGUCCAUGGAACCAUGACGAUAAUGUGAUGGAUAGCAAAUAUGAGUUCGAUUUCGACAGCUGCCCAUCGUUGAACAUUAGCGUGUGUGAAAAGACUGAGGGAGCUCAAACUUUCAUCGUAACUCUCUACAAUCCAUUGCCACAUUCAACGUUUCAAUACGUCCGAAUACCUGUAAGCGGUGCAGAUUAUUCAAUUCUUGACUACCGCGGAGUUCCAACACCAUUCCAAAUGAUUGCCAUUCCGACAUCGGUUAAAAAUUUGCAUUAUCGACUAAGCAACGCCACAAACGAGAUGGUAUUUUUGGCUAAUGAGCUUCCACCGCUUGGCUUUAAGUCAUAUUUCAUAUCUUCAUCUUCGAAUGAUCAGCAACCAGAAGCGCUUUUAAUGGACCAACCGCAUAAUGGACAUGGUUAUUUUGCCGAAGAUGGGACAGUGUCGAUAGGCAACAAGUACAUCAAUCUAACUUUCGAUGGAAAUGGACAACUGGCAUCGGUUACUUCGAAUGGUGCCACCAGCAGACUUAAACAAACAUUUUUCUACUAUGAAGGUGCAGUCGGAAACAACAGAGAAUUUCUCAACCGAUCAUCGGGUGCUUACAUCUUUCGUCCUAACAGUACCGAGCGAAUUGUAUCUGAUAAGGUCAUGACAACGGUAAUUAAGGGACCUGUUGUUGAGGAGGUACAUCAGGUUUUCAACGAGUGGCUUAGUCAAGUUGUUCGCAUAUACAAAGACGACAAUUUCGCCGAAUUCGAAUGGCUCGUUGGAGAAAUUCCGAUUACAGACGGCAUGGGAAAAGAAAUCGUUGCAAGAUUCCAGACGGACAUUAAUUCUGCUGGCGAAUUUUUCACCGAUUCGAAUGGUCGCGAAAUGUUGAAACGAGUCCGCAACCAUCGAGACACCUGGAAAGUGAAUUUACUCGAACAAAUCGCCGGAAACUACUAUCCUGUCACAACGAAAAUUGCUAUCGAGGACAGAAAUGAGAGACUAGCAAUUUUAACGGAUCGCUCACAAGGCGGCACAAGCUUGAUGGAUGGAUCCGUAGACUUAAUGAUUCACCGACGCUUGCUUCAUGACGAUGCAUUCGGGGUGGAUGAAGCAUUGAAUGAAACGGCAUUUGGACGUGGGUUGGUAGUUAGAGGUAUUCAUUACCUCACAUUUGGAUCUACAACAGAAUCUCGACCGACGAUGGCCGCUCAAGAGCGUUUCAUUCAAUUGAAAAAAUUAUUGCCGAGUUGGAUAUUCUUCAGCGAUGCCACCAAGUAUACGUUUGAUGUUUGGCAGAAAACCUAUACACACAUUUACUCGGCCCUUUCGCUAUCUCUACCGCAAAACGUUAAUUUGAUGACGCUCGAACCGUGGAAAGAGAACAGCUUUCUAUUGCGAUUUGAACACAUCCUCGAAGGACACGACGAUCCCGAAUACUCGAAACCGGCGAUGUUUAAUCUGAAAGAUGUUUUCCACAAUUUCGACAUUUCGGAGAUUCGUGAAACGACAUUAUCAGCGAAUCAGUGGAAGGACGAAGCAACAAGAAUGAAAUUCAAAAAUGAUGACAUUCAGAAUCCUAACAGCUCAAGCAAUGAGAGCAUGUCCAAUCCGUCACAAGAAUUGGCCGAUCUUGACAGAAUUAGAGUUUUGCUCAAAGAUGAUGAGCAAAAUACUCGCAAUCGCAGCAGAGAUGUUGACGCAGGCAGAAAUACGUGGAAUAUAAUUUUGCAGCCAAUGGAAAUCCGAACUUUUAUCGUAACAUUGGAGUGGAGGCCAUAAGCGCAUUUGUUUAACGUAAUUGUCAAUAUUGUGUGAUAUAAAAGGGAGAAUCUCGACCCUAUUUUAA